UCUUGUAAACAAUCAAUAAAUAAUACAUCUAUUUUUACAUGGUAUCAGAGCAAUAAGAUUUAGGCCUAUACUUUUUUUUUCCGGCGGGCAGCCGGUCGGCAACCUUGCCUUCGCUGCCCGCUGGAAUUUUUCUACACAUACCUUGAAAUUUCCCUUCUUCAACCUGCUAUGCAUACACUAGCUCUUUUCUCUUCUCCACUGUCCAUCCAUCCAAUAUAAUGCGACUGUUCAUCUCCUUCUCCAUCUCCAGAGCUCUCUUCUUCUUCAACAACCCCAUUAGGUCAUUUUCCUCCAUGGCCACCACCCUAUCCUCCGUCACCGCCUCCCUCAGCCCUAAGUCCCGGCUGAGAGGUGUCGUAUUCGCCAUGGACGGAACCCUAACUGUCCCAGCCAUCGAUUUCCAGGCAAUGUACAGAGCCGUCCUCGGCGAACAAGAUUACUUAGCUAUCAAAUCCAAGUGCCCUUCGGGAAUCGACAUAUUGCAUCACGUUGAGAAUUGGAGCCCCGAUAAGCAACACACUGCUUACGAAACUAUCGCCGAUUUCGAGCGCCAGGGUCUCGAUCGCCUCCAGAUUAUGCCCGGUGCAUUAGAACUUUGUGGUUUUCUUGAUUCAAGGAAUAUUAGAAGGGGAUUAAUCACUAGGAAUGUCAAGGCAGCAGUUGAUUUGUUUCACUCGAGGUUUGGGCAUCAUCUUUGGCAUCUGUCUCAUUGGGUGAGACUUCCCCGGCAAGAUCGGUUGCCUCUGGGGACUCUUAGAACUUGAUGAAUGGGUUUCACCUCAAAUUGAACCAACGACGACCUCGACUCCCUCAUCUCCGUCACCACCGAUGAGGACCUUCACAAUCUUCUUCCGCUCUCUCUUUAGUUGAAAGAGAAGAACCACCAAACAAAACAGGGGGCUGUUUUUUUUCAAUUGACCACAGAUUCCUCUCAUCUCUCUUUCACUCUCUCUCACUCACAUGCGGGACACAGAGUUUCCCUCUCUCCCCUUCUCUCUCCCAUGUGACCCACUCUCUCACUUAUCCUUUUUCUUUCUUUUCCUUUGUUUUAUAUUUAUUUUACUCUAUUUUUUUUUGAAAAGCAACCGACACCUAUUUUUAUCCAUUAUUUUAUUUUUCUUUUAUUUUUAUUCUUAACCACCUUCUGCUAUCAAAGCUGUUUCCCAUUUCUUCACUAUACAAGUUGUAUUUCUUUAUUACAAAAAAAAAAAAAAAAAAAAAAAAAAAAACAAAAAAAAU